AUGAGUGGGGCUGCGUUCCCAUCUCCAGCUGCCGAGAUGGCAGAAAUUAAUCGCCUGCAGUAUGAAAUGGAGUACACCGAAGGAAUCAGUCAGCGCAUGAGGGUCCCCGAAAAACUCAAAGUAGCUCCUCAAAAUGCUGACCUUGAGAAGGGCAUCCAAGAAGGAUUUCCAAAUGCCAGUGUAACUAUGCAAGUUCCAGAGCGGAUUGUAGUGGCAGGUAAUAGUGAAGACAUUCCAUUUUCCAGACCACCAGACCUUGACCUUCUUCAGUCUACUCCAUUCAAACCACUGGCAUUGAAAACUCCUCCCCGUGUUAUUUCUCUUAGUGAUCGACCGCUAGAUUUUUUGGACCUAGAAAAACCUCCACAGCAGACACCUCAAAAUGAAGAGGUCCGUUCAGUGGGAAGACUGAAGAGAGAACGUUCCAUGAGUGAAAACGCCACUCGACAGAAUGGCCAGCUGGCCCGAAAUGAUUCCAUGUGGCACAGAUCAGACACAGUCCCAAGAAAUAAAAUGCCACGGUUCCAGUCACCUCUUUCGGCAAAGGAUUACACUGUGACACCAUCACUGCAACAGGCUCGUGUCUGUCCUUCCAAUAUGUUACCUGAAGAUGGAACUAAUCUUUACUCUGCUCGUGGCAUUUUGUCGUUUAUCCAGUCUUCCACUCGUAGGGCUUACCAGCAGGUCUUGGAUGUGCUGGAUGAAAACCGCAGGCCAGUGUUACGUGGUGGGUCAGCUGCUAGCACUUCCUCUAACCCUCAUCAUGACAACACCAGAUAUGGUCUCUCCAACUUGGAUACUACGCUUGAGGGAACACCAGAUGACAUGACAGUUGUAGAUGCUGCUUCCUUAAGACGACAGAUAAUAAAACUUAAUCGCCGUCUACAACUUCUGGAAGAAGAAAACAAAGAGCGUGCUAAAAGAGAAAUGAUCAUGUAUUCAAUUACUGUAGCUUUCUGGCUACUCAACAGCUGGCUUUGGUUUCGGCGCUAGACACAGCUCUCAGAAAGAUUUAAUAAUUGAAAAUACAAACAAUUUGCAAAAUUCUUUGUUUCUGUAUUGUAUGCUGUUUUAUAAUUAAUACACUGGAAACUUCCAACACAGAUAAAGGCUAUAGAAUUGCAGUGUUAAAGGGACACCUUGUUUUUCAGUUAUAAUGUAUUUAAUAAUUUGUAUUGCAAAUACUUGCAGUAUCCUCCUUUGCAUGUUUCACUGUAAAUAUGGAUCAGCCGUUACAAAGUUUGCUUCAUGCAAUGUAAGGAGAGUGAUCUACAGGAAUAACCACUGGAUGUUUUGUUGUGGUGGGAAAAGAACAAAUGGAAUGGGUUUGGAAAAAAUAUAAAAACAAAAGAAUAAAAAGGUUUUAUUGUUGUUCUGUUGUUAAAUGCAGUUAAAGAUGAUUGCACUAGUUUUCCUUUAGUCUGAGUAGUUUGAGGUGUGCCAUAUUGAAGGAGUGUGUCCUGUUUCAUGAGUAUGUUCCUUGUUUAAGUACAUGUUCAGGGCAAAUAAUAAAAAGU